AACUCAUCAUUCAGCUAUAAGCGGCGGGAAGCUUGUUGAAAGAUCUGUUGUCAAAAUUGUGCAUUUAAAACGAAACGGAGUUAUAGACAAAUAGGCGCAAAAAAAGCAGGUCAUAAAUGGAAUUAUAAAGAUGGAUGGUCUUGGUGUGCAAUGAAUUUGCAAGAAGCAGCCCGGGGUGUCACUGUUCAUACGACCUCAUAUAUUUGACAUGAUCAUUGUGGCAGUCGUGAAGUAAAUUUUGCGCUUGGAGAAGUUUGUGGAGAGCAUCGCUUGUGCAAAAUUUAGACAUGGAGGUUAAAUUUAUAUACGGUUUGGCAAGUAGGGAGAGAUAAAUUUCGAGUACGCAAGUUCAAAGGAGAUAAUAGCUUAGCUGCUAUAUGUCGUGCAAUCUUGGUCUUGCCAGUGCCAAAGCAAUGCUAACUUGGCUUCAUAAUGUGGAUUUAGAUACGACCGAACAAUUUACGAGCUUUCACGUCGUUGCACGUCUGCCAUACCUACCGCGUACAAUCAAGGUUUGUUCACUCGUCGAGGGAAGAGAUAAUUUAUGGAUCAUGCUUAUGUGCUUAAAACUCUCAUAACCGGGGUAUUGGUCAACUCAUUCGCGAGAAAGCACAUUUACCAUAUUAAUAGAGACCUUUUCUGUACAAGUGUGCUCGCACUGAGACUCACAGAGGAAAACACGGUCGACCCGCAAAGAUUAAUUGCGGUACUGGCGCUCUCAUGAAUAAACCGCAUCUAGGCUGAGCAAGAAGAGGGGCUGCUGAGCGACACCCAAAUACUCGCAGAUGUUACAUCUGUGAAAAAACCAACCUUUUAAGCCCUUCAUACCACCAUCUACCCAUUUAUAUAUACAUGAAGUGUUGGGCUCCUACGCGGAGUCAGGGACCUGCAGACCCCUCACUAGACAAUGGUGAGACUCCGUUGACGUAGUGCGGCGUCCUGUAGCGAACUGGGGUCCGUUCCUCCUCGAGAAGCUCGAUAGCAAGUUCUAAAAGUAUUGACUCUCUCUAAAGGCCGUGGGGCUUUCAGUUCACUUUCGUCUAUUGUUUGACUAAUCUUUUUGGAAAAUGUGAAGACCUAAGCCCUGACAUGAACAAGGCUGCCCCAAAAAUUUGCGUAUCUGUCAAAAAGUGUAUAAAAAAGCGGCUUUGUCUGCCGCAUGCGGGUACCAUAUCCGUGGUCCUUGCGAUGGGUAGACAUUAAAGGUUGUUUAUACCUCCUUACAAAGACUGAGAUAUUCGCCAACAUUAGCCUCG